AUGGCCAACAAUGGAUAUGAUAGCUCUUCUAGUGAUGAGACAGGUGCCAACAAAAUGUUUUUGGAAAUGUUUGAAAGCUACCAAAGGAAAAAAGCAGUGAAGAAUAAGAAGAAGACCUCGAUGGUUGUCUACGGGGGUACAUCGUCACAACAGCGUACUAUACCAAGAGAUCGAGUAAGUGCCCAUGAAAACCUUUUUCAAAAUUACUUCUCUAACCAUCCGUUGUAUCCCCCUUCAGAUUUUCGUAAUAGAUUUUGCAUAAGGUGUGAGUUGUUUAAUCGAAUAAUGGAACAAAUUAUCCCUUUUGAUGAUUACUUCAAACAAAAACCUGAUGUCACUGGAAAGCUUGGUUUCUCACCACAAGUGAAGAUGACAGCUGUCAUGCGUAUGCUUACAUAUGGUACGACAGCUGACCUCAAUGAUGCUUACUUGAAGAUAGCAGAGACCACAUCCUUUGAAGCUUGCAAGAGAUUCUGUCAUGCAGUCAACAACUAA